CGCGGUGCACCACCGAUGCGGUGCACCACCGGCGCGCCGCUCCGGCCAGCAUGGAGGAGCGCGGCGAUUCCGAGCCCACUGCCGGCUGCAGUGGCCUGGGCCCGGGCGGCGUCAGCAGCGGCGGCGGCGCCCACUCAUGGGCCCCCGAGGACGCCUGGAUGGGCACCCACCCUAAGUAUUUAGAAAUGAUGGAAUUAGAUGUAGGAGAUGCCACCCAAGUUUAUAUAGCAUUCUUGGUUUACCUGGAUCUCAUAGAGAGUAAAAGUUGGCAUGAAGUAAACUGCGUGGGCUUACCAGACCUCCAGCUCAUCUGCCUUGUUGGUACUGAGAUAGAAGGAGAAGGGUUACAGACUGUGGUGCCUGCACCCGUCAGUGCUUCCCUCAGCCAUAACAGCAUAAGGGAGAUCCUGAAAGCAUCUCAAAAAUUGCAAGGUGAUCCAGACUUGCCAAUGUCUUUUACUCUGGCCAUAGUGGAGUCCGAUUCUACAAUAGUCUACUAUAAGCUUACUGAUGGAUUCAUGCUGCCGGACCCUCAGGUCAGUUUUGAGGCAACUAUCAGUAAACA